AUGUUCAGGGGCGCUUGGCGGGAGACAAACAUGGAUACUAUCGAGUCGCAGAUGCCUGACGAGAACAUUGAUCGCGAGGCACUGCACGAGGCUUUCGGUGCCCUGUACCGAGGCUCCAUUUUCAUCCCACCCGGUCGAGUCGUCGCCAUCCUGGCCACAGCCAGCAUGUUGCAGCUGGACGAGGUGAUUCGGCAGUGCGGGGCGGUCAUGAAGGUGACUGUCCGUGCCCAGACCGUGUGCAGCUACGACUACUCUGCUGAAAGCUAUGGACUCCAGACCGCCAGGACCAUGUGUCUUCAGUGGCUGCUGGACAACAUGAUGACCCAGUGUAGCGAGCAGCUAUUGCGAGAAGUCAGCCUGGAUCUCAUGAAAGGGGUCAUUGCCUCUUCAGAGCUCUUGGUGAUGGGGGUGGAGAUGGACGUGUACACCAUGCUGAGAAAGUGGACGUUCUUGCAGCUGCAGCCGACAUGGAGGGGCCCGUGCAGGGCCCUAUUGCCUGACACCGACUCAUGGUUUGCCAGGUCCAGGAGGGAUUCGGAGGGCACCCCUUUCCUGGAGACCGAGCAGGGCAGAGCCUUCGUGCCAGUGUUCCAGCAGCUGCGGUUUGCCUACAUAAUCUGCGACCCGACGUCAGCACGCGUCAUCCACCAGCAUGCGCUGCUCCCUGCUGCUUGGUUGUGUCCAGUGUACAAAGAGUGUUUUCUUGGCCCCCUCCGGGCUGAGCAGACCAGAGAGCUCUGGCCCGUGGACGUCUACGUGUCCGACCCCCAGGGGAACAGCAUGCGGUGCGGGGGCCAGCUCCACAGGCACAAGCAGUGCAGCUGGCGGUGGGAAGGCUUCAACUUCAGCUGGGACCUGGUGGUGUGCCACGCCAACCAGCACAUCAUUUUCUGGUACAGCGCGCCAAACAACUCCUACAGCCUCGGGGUCAGCCUACUCGAACAGAGAAAGGUCGCGUGCCGCCUGCGCCUGUCCUCCUUGGACAGGGAUGGGAGAGCCGUUUUCAGGAAGGACACAGGAUACCAGAGGCUUUCCCUGAGAGAGGAUCAAGAGCUAGAGGUAAUGAACCUGGAAAACCAAUACGUGGUUUUCCCCAUCCAUGUGGCCUGUAACUUCCUGUACCUCCACUGA